CGCAACGAAUCCCACACCACUUCGCUCGAGUCAGUUCGUCCGGCCGUCCCAUUCGAAAGCACGACGACAAAACAUCGAGCGUCACCGUCACGCUCACGACUUCGCCCAAACUUCUCCCCGGGGAGACGAGAAAGGAACCGAGGAUCUCGUUCCCGCGGCGCGGCGGACAGAGGCCUCGCCGUGGGAGAUGGCCGGCCGGCGCGAGUCGCCCCUGAUGCGCGGUGGCGGGGCGGGGCCACCGCUGUCCCGAGGGUCCCGCAUCGCCGCGGCGGUCGUGGUCGGCGUCGCGCUCGGCUGCCUGUGCGCGUUUCUCUACCCAGACGGCCUCUUCCACCGUGCCCCUGACUCCGCCAUCCAUUGGCCGCGACGGGUUGAAUCAGUUGCCUGUGAUACAUCUCGGGAAGUUGCCAAACUAAAGUCACGUCUGGUAUUGUUGGAAAGGAAAAAUGCUGAAUUCAAGAAGCAGAUCAAUGAAUUGUCAAUGAAGCUUCAAUUGGCCGGACAAGGGAAAAAUGAGGCCCUGUAUAAGGCUGGUCCAUUUGGUACAGUGAAAGCUCUGAGAACAAAUCCAACAGUUACUCCUGAUUUAUCCAUCAAUCCCAGAUUGGCCAACAUAUUGGAACAGGUUGCUGUGAAGAAAGAACUGAUAGUUGCAUUGGCAAAUUCUAAUGUGAAAGAGAUGCUUGAGAUGUGGUUCACUAACAUAAAACGAGCUGGGAUUUCAAAUUAUUUAGUAGUUGCAUUGGAUGACAGCAUAGAGAACUUCUGCAAGUCCAAUGAUGUCCCAGUUUACCGACGCGAUCCAGAUGAUGGCAUCGACAAUAUUGGCAAGACAGGCGGAAACCACGCUGUUUCUGGACUCAAGUUCCGCAUAUUGAGGGAGUUUUUGCAGCUCGGAUACAGUGUUCUGCUCUCUGAUAUUGAUAUCAUUUUCUUCCAAAAUCCAUUUGAUUAUCUUUACAGAGAUUCUGACGUAGAAUCAAUGAGUGAUGGCCACAACAACAUGACAGCUUAUGGAUUCAACGAUGUGUUCGAUGAGCCUUCAAUGGGCUGGGCAAGAUAUGCACAUACAAUGCGCAUAUGGGUUUAUAAUUCUGGAUUCUUCUUCAUAAGGCCGACGAUUCCUUCGAUUGAGCUUCUUGACAGGGUUGCUUAUCGCCUUUCUCACGAGCCCAAAUCAUGGGACCAAGCAGUUUUCAAUGAGGAGCUGUUUUUUCCCUCACAUCCUGGUUAUGAAGGUCUUCAUGCAUCCAAAAGAACCAUGGAUAUCUACCUCUUCAUGAACAGUAAAGUUCUCUUCAAGACGGUGAGGAAAGAUGCUUAUCUGCGGAAUUUGAAGCCGGUGGUUGUGCAUUUGAACUACCAUCCAGAUAAGUCGGAUCGCAUGAAAGCAGUGAUUGAAUUUUAUGUUAACGGGAAACAGAAUGCCCUUGAACGCUUCCCUGAUGGAUCAGAAUGAUAGGCACCAGCUUUUGUAGAACAGAAAAAUGAUAACCUAGUAUCUAGUCGUCUUGAAACUGUGCGCGAUUAUAUUGACUUAUACAUGCAUUGUCAUUAUAAAUCCUGUGUGCUUGAGAUGCAAACAUUCACUGAGCAUGAAAACUCGUAUAAUUCUCU